AUGCCUUUCCCCGACAUUGACCACGACAUUGCGCCUAUCCCCCGUUCGAGGGAGGAGAAUCAAGAGAGAGCCUUUAUCGCGGCCUCACGGAGAAAGGAUCGCAGCUUAGAUGCUCGUCUGGAAUCUGCGAACCGGGCUUCUAUGCUGCAUAAGAAGCGCACAGGCAAGGCCUUCCACAUCACCAAGGAGAUAGUCGAGAAAGAGGCCAUGUAUGAAGAAGUCGACGAGCGAUAUCAAGAGAAGCGCAUUCGCAUGCUACAAGACCAGAACAAGCAGAUCGAACAACAAUUCAACCGUCACCUGCUGGCUGCUCUGGCUGCCCGCUCCUACAACAGUGCAUCCUCCAUCCACAGCCGCCGAUCGAGCCAUAUGACCCCACGCCCAUCAAUCGAUGGUGGUUCGAGCAAGAUGAGCCUGGAUCUUUCCAACAUCCGGUCCUCAUUUUCCCAGGGCUCAGGGUCCCAGGGCCAAAGUCACCUGGCAAGCCCGAUGCCAACAAGUGACUCUUACGUCCUAUCGCCCGCGGCAUCAUCAUUCGAUCAGAGCGGACAGUCAUAUAUGACCUGCAUGGACGGUUCAGAGAGUUCUUUCUCCAACAUGAUGACAGGCCCCUCAGGACUCCCAGCAUACGUGGGCCAGAAUACCCCCAUGUGGAACACCCAAGCACCAGCCUGGAGUGGGAUGCAACAGCAGAUCCCAACGCCAGGGCAGACCCCAACCGACGCGAACGCAGUGCAGGCUUGGCAGCAGCAAAUGAUGCAACAAUCCCAGAUGCCCGAUACAGCGACCCAAAUGCGUCAUUUCCGGGACCGCCUGGCCUCUGCGCCUGAGUUGUCUCUGCAGCACGCGGCUCCACCACCCCUUCCCUCAGGCUCCAUCUCAGGCCCCACCACUGGCCAUGGACACUCGCGCGGCCAGUCCCAACCCUCAAAUAGCUUCCACAACCUCCAGCUUCUUACUCAGAGCACGCACCUCACCGGCUCCCACGUUGCGCCCUCGAGUGUUAGCUCGCCGAAGAUGGAGGCCCAGUCUGCUGACACUCACUCCACUCCAGACUUCUGUCCCACGCCCAAUACUCCGCUGUCGCCGACUGCUACCAUGCAGGCUAAGAUGUCGCCGGAUGACAAGGCUGGGGGUAACGGGACUAUGGUCUCGCACGAGGGGUUGGAUCCUGAUUUUUCGGACUUCAGUCAGUUCGCUUUGCACUUGGGCAACUCGACAGUUCCGCUUUCUGAUCGCGAUCACCAGUUUGUCUUUGAUGAUUAUCUUAAUGUCAACGACGAUUAUACCAGCGUUCCAUGUUGA